CGAUCCGUCCCCGCCCCCCCUACCCCACAUCCCAUACACAAGGGACGCUUUAGCCCCAGCAUGAAAAGGCUUACCAACCGCCUCGGCUACAAGGCCAGCCAGCCAGUUCUCCAAGCCCGACCGUCGGCCAGGUAUAUAUAAAGCACGUCCUUUCAGCCCCUCUGGACAUCAUGUACCCAAGAACGGUGAAACAACGAGAGCCCAGCCAUGUCCGCCAUGACCCCGCACGACAAGACGUUUUCACCCACGCCUACUAUCCAAAGCAUUACCAACAAUGAUCCUGUCCUCAAAAAAUCCUCUUUAGACGAAAAGAGCCUUCCUGCUGAAUCGACACUGGGCAACACUGAAACGCAAAACAAGCCCAAUGUCCUCGCUUCCUUGGGACCAGGAAGGAAAAACCUUUUAUUGUUAUGCUUCUGCCUCUCUAUGUUUAUCGAUGCAGCCGGUGUGAGCGCUACAUUCCUGAUGACGGCACCUAUCGCCAGCGACCUCGGCAUCCAAAUGGGUGAUCAAGCUUGGAUCUUGGGUACCUACUCACUAGCAUUCGCUUCCACCCUCUUAUUCGCAGGCCGUGUGGCCGACCUCUACCCACCUCACCGCGUUUACACUUUUGGUUUCAUCGGUAUCGCCGUCUUCUACUUGAUCAUCUCGUUUAUGAACGAUCAAUAUGCCUUUUUCGUGUUGCGUGCCAUUUCUGGACUUUUGGCCGUCAUGACGAUCCCGAGUUCGAUCAAUAUGAUCAUCCAAAUGUACCCAGAACCAAAUGAACAAGCCAAGAAACUGGCAUUGUUCGGUAUGGCCGCUGCUCUUGCAAACACCAUUGCCCUUGUCUUGGCGGGUGUCUUCUUACUCGCGUCCUGGAGAUGGUACUUUCGCUUCAUCACCAUCAUCAUCGCCCCAUUCUCUGUCCUCGCAUGGUUCCUCAUGCCCCAAACAGAAGCCACGGCCGAAGAUCUCCCGGGCACCGCCAAAUUCAAACGGAUGGACAUUGUCGGCGUCCUCCUCUUGAUCGCUUGCCUCGUCCUCUUCAUCCUCGGCUUCACCCAAGCCGCCACCGACGGCUGGAAUUCCGCCAUCUUCAUCGCCCCUUUCAUCGUCUCCAUCUUCCUCCUCGUUGCUUUCCUUGUCUGGGAACACUACAUGCCGCGAGGGUAUUCGCUGCUCCCACACGAUAUCUGGAGUUUCCCCAACAUCUUCCCGCUCAUCUUCCAGGCAUCGGCGGUAUUCAUGUGGAUGGCCUGCGCCCAACUCCGGCUCGCUACAUUCUUCCAAGAAACACUGCACGAUUCAGCGAUUAUGGCAGCCGUCAAGCUUCUUCCCAUGGGAAUCACCGCCCUCAUCGUCGGCGGGCUGACACAGGCCGUGCCGCAACUGAUUAUGAGGCCGCGGUACGUGCAGCCCGUCGCGUCGGCGCUCUGUUUGGCGGGCAGUUUGCUUUUCGCGUUUAGUGAUGGUGGAUCGGGGGACAAGUAUUGGAGGUUUUUGUUCCCGGGACAGGUUAUUGGGACGGCGGGCGCGAUGAUUGUCUUUGUCGGUAUGAAUACAUCCAUCAUCCAAGCGUUCCCCCUCGAAUUCGCAGGCGUCGGUGGUUCCUUUGCCAACAUCAUCUUCCAAGUCGGCGGUGUCAUCGGUAUCGCCGUCCAAGACGGGCUCGUUGGUACCGGUGCGGACGCAGCUACAUCCUGGACAGGGUCAAGAAACUCGUACUUUUUCACGGGCGGGUACAUCAUGUUGACGGGACUGGUGUUUGUGGUGUGGUACAGGCAAAAGUUGAUGCCGAAAUUGGACGGGCUGGUGGUGGCUGUUUAAUGGGUUUCAUCGUCGUGUUCUGUAUGCCACAGUCGGUGUCACUGUGUUUUCGUAGAGUGGCUUCAAAUAGAUUUUUACGAUUUCGAUUUGUAACUUUAGAGUAAUUAUAAUAGAUUCAUGAAUCAUGGAUUGUUCGUAUCUC